UAAUUAAAUGAGUAGAAACCUUUGCACAACUUAUUUUUUCAGUAAUUAAAUUAAAUACACUUCUUACGUUUGCAAUAAAUCACAGAGGGCGUGAGAAACAUUAUGAUUCUUUUCGAUGUCGAUACGUUACGAAUGUGAAACCCGAAGUUCCAUGUGAUGUCAUAUCUAUUCUGUGCUUAGUCAAUGAUAAUGGUGUUAUUCGUGGGAUCAAUUGAUCAUCAUUUUUUGUUUACUUAACAUGAGUGCAUGCAUUUUUAUUAAUGCACUCGAGUAUAAACUUUUGUUAAAGUUCUAACAGUCGAUAAAGAGGAACUCGAAAAGCAGGGGAGAAAAAUUCGCGAGGACUAACACGAAUAGCGCCGAUAGGUUCUCCACAAUCUCUUAAAAAAUCCGAGUUUCCGUCUUCAUAACGUAUAUAAACUCUGAUUAAUAUUGAAGUCUGACAACUGUCAAAUGACAAGUCUGCUUCAAAUAUUACGUUUAAAAGAUUGAAAUGGCAGCAGAGAUAAAACCCGCACCGGGAGUAAAUCAUGAUAAAUUUAGCACAAGCCGAAAACCUAUACUUUUAUCGAAAUUAGAAGGAUGUAAUGACGAUGUUAAUGCGGCUAUCAUUAUACCGCGGGAAGAUGGUGUAAUUAGUGUUUGCGAUGACAGGACUGUUAGAGUGUGGUUGAAGCGGGAUUCUGGCCAAUAUUGGCCAAGUGUCUGUCAAUACAUGGCUGCUGGUGCAACAUCGAUGCACUAUUGUGUACAAACUAGACAAUUAUUUGUUGGUUUGGAAAAUGGGACUAUAAAUGAAUUCAUUUUGGAGCAAGAUUAUAAUCAAAUGACUGCCAUGCGUGAAUAUGCUGCGCAUCAAGCAAGAGUUACAGGUGUUAUAUUUGCACCAAAUUGUGAAUGGGUUUUAAGCAUUGGUCGAGAUAAAGUAUUUCAAUUACAUUGUUCAGAAACAGGGCAAAAAUUGGGAUCUUAUCAGACAGAUGCAUGGUAUACUGCUCUACAAUUUGACGCGCAAUCAAAACAUGCUUUUGUUGGUGAUUAUUCUGGACAAAUAGCAAUGUUGAAAUUAGAUACUAAUGGCGUCACACUAAUCACCACUUUAAAAGCGCAUACAGGGAGCAUUCAUACAUUAGCUUGGGAUUCUGAAAAGCAACUUUUGUUUUCUGGAAGUUUUGAUCAGAGUAUAAUAGUAUGGGAUAUUGGAGGUCGGCAAGGUACAGCGUAUGAACUUCAAGGACAUCAUAACAAAGUAACUGCGCUGUGCUAUGCCAGCGCAGAACGUGUAUUAUUAUCUGGAGGAGAAGAUGGUGUAAUAGUAUGCUGGGACAUGGGUGCUAACAGAAAAGAAACAGCAGCUUGGGUAGAAUCAGAUACGUGCCAAGCCUGUGGAAGACCAUUCUUUUGGAAUAUUAAAGCAAUGAUGGAUCAACGACAAUUGGGUUUGAGACAGCAUCAUUGCCGUCAUUGUGGUCGUGCAUUAUGCGCACGAUGCACAUCCCAACGAAUACCAAUACCAGCAAUGGGUUUUGAAUUUGAAGUUAGAGUGUGUGAUCAGUGUCAUAUUCAACUUAAAGCUGCAAACCAAACGUCUCUAGCAUCAUUCCAUGACGCAAAGCAUAAUGUCGUUGGAAUGGAUCUCGAUGCUUCUAGACGAAGAUUAUUAACUAUCGGUCAAGAUCGUCUCAUUAAGAUUUGGGAUAUUUCUGCACUUCUUCAGUGAACUUCCAGAUAUGUCUAUUAACAAAUAACGAAACUAAUCAAAUCGUAAGAUAUAAGAGAAAAAUACUGUCAUAUUUCGAUGUAAAAGUAUAAUAUCCAGAGCCUAUUUUUACGACUAUAAAAUCAUUUUAAAAUCUGUUUAUUUAAUUAUACAAGCAAUUAGGUUUUUAUAUAUUACGAUUUGCUUCUUGCAUAAGAAAACUUUUAGAUUCGUGAAAUAUUCUACGACACCAAAAUAAGAUAUCUAUAAUAUUGGAAAAAGAAAACGUAUAUGUAUGUCACUUGCAAGUAUGUACUCUUCCAGCAGAGAAAAAGUAUCUCGAUAACUUAUUCAGCAAAUGGUAGAAAAUAGUAUAUUUUUUAAUCUUUCUUAUUUAGUGCAAUCAUAUUUACAAACGACCAAAGUAUGAAUCAAUAAAUUAUAUUUGGAUUGUUAAUCAUUACAAAAGAUAAUUUUAAUGUUUCAUUACACAUUUAACACAGUGAUUAUGAAUAAAUUAUUUUUGUUGUAAGUGGAAAAAUAUAAUUAUUAAAAAUUAUAUUGAAUAACCCGACGCUGUAAAAAAUUUUCUAGAAUAUAAAAUUAAAUUACAUUUUGAUCUAAUCGGCAACUUAGUUGGAAAUUUAACAUUUUUCAGUCGGUAUUAACUUUUAAUAUAUACAGUAUGAAAUUACUUUGUUAUUAUAAAUAAUUUAUAAUAUGGAAGUACGACAAUUUUGGAGAAUUGCUCUAAACUGCCUAUUUAUUUAAAUAAUAGGAAUUUAUCAAAACAUUGUCGACAACUGUCAAUAUUGCUCCCAAUUUUUUUUCUGCAUUUUUCCUAAAUAUUCAUAUCAUAAAAAGAUUUAUGUAAAGGGUACUUCAACCUGAUUUAUCUCUGGAUGCUUAAUCUGCUUUUCAAAACAUUUAAGCUAGAUACAAGUAUGUAAAGAUAAUAAUUAUAUAAUAUGUAUAAUUAGAAUGAAAAUUCAGUUUCAUAUCCCAAUAUCAAUUUCUUCGGAAAGAAAUAUAUUAUUUAUAGAUUACUUAAUCUAUUCAACGACAUUCGCAUUUAUAAUUAUUUAAUAAUUUUAUUUAAUAAUAGGAUGCAUUUCUUGUACCUAAAUGCACCUACAAUUUUUAUCAUUGGAUUAGCAUAAUAUUAAUUUCUCUACUGUAACAAAAGUGAUAAAAGCUAUCGACAAGGGAGAAAUUGUAUCUAUUAUAGAAACAGGAUAAAAAUCGAUCAAUGUACGAAUGCAAUUUGAGCAAAUGAAUCGCAUUAAGUAUGUUUUUUCCUUUAAUGUAACAUUGUAGCAUAUACAUACUUCUAAAACCGUGGAAGCUAUAUAACAAUAUUUUAUAAAAAGUUAAACAUAUAUUCUGGAAUUUGGUUUCAUGUGUUACACAUGAAAUAUACUUUACUAUAGAAUCAGCACUCUUAUGAUGUCCAUAAGCGAUCAUUUUAUAUAUAUAUUUCUUAAGAAGCAAUACUUCAAACUUAGGUAGAUUAUAGGAUCUACCAUUACAUCAAAUAAUAAUAGCAUCUUGAUUUUAGAAAAUAAUUUGCAGUAUUCUUUAUGCAUCAUUAUACAUAGCUACGGAUUUGUAAGAGCGACUAAAAUCAUAAUUUCAAACGUAUGCUCAACGACCGACUUUGCCGUUGCUGUUAAAAUAAACGACAUCAAUAACAACAUAGCACGGUACUUUAUUAUAAUUUUCAGAAACAGAAUUGAUUGCUGCGACAUUCGUGAAAAUUAGAUCGUUGAAAUCGAAGGUAUCGUUCUCGCAUAAAAAGAAGAGUGUUCGUAUAGAGACGAUUAAUAAAAUUGUUAAUUUGCAAUCUGUAUAACAUCGCCGGUGUUGUUAUUGUUGCAGAGGUUCUUAAUAAUACUUUGCAUAUUAAUGUGUUAAAAAAGUUACAGAAAUUACAUUACAUAUCUAUGUAUAAACGUUCAUAUAAAGUGAAAAUAUAUUUUCAAUGUAAACGA